UUGUCUAGCUGUGUUUAGAUCGUCAUUACUUGGAGAUAUCACUAUUUACUUCCUCCGUUUCUAUAAACUCGAAAUAAUUUCUCAGUGGAUUUGUUUUGUUUUUGUUAAUCCUGGUUUCGUUUAGUUCAUAGUGGUAUUUUUAGUCCCCGUAGUGUAAUUAUUUCUGCGAAAUUUAUGUUAGUUUAAUAUUAAGUUUCUCAUCGAACCUGGAUCAGAAAUUUCUUUGUUUCUGUGCUUAAUUCAAGAAGUAAUUGAGAAGCGGAUCUUGUUGCAUAGGAACUAGAGCAGCUCUCACUCUCGAAACAAUAAGAUAAUGGUGCCACGAUAUGCAGCACGACACGGCAAGGGGCAAUUGGUGCUCGCACAGCAACAGAUAGUAACUAAUCGACUUGGUCCAGCUAAUGAGAUGCAAAAAUGUAUUUACACACAAAUAGAACAACUUUGGCAAAGUGGAUUUAGUGGAUUAUCUUCUGAUAGAUUACUGCCAACUGAGAACGAGGCAGCAAUUUUACCAAACAGAAACACGUGAAGCACGGAAGAUAGAAAUUUCAAUUAUUUUUCUAUAAAUAUCUCUCAUAUAGCCCAUAUCUUCCAAUAGAGUUUUACCGUCGCAGCAGCAACAGCAGCAAGAUGUAUAGCGAUGGUCGAUUCUAAUUGUUCAGAUGUGACGGAAUGUGCCGUCCGAUUGAACAAGCGAUUGUUUGCGCUAUCAGUCUGAUGGUUGCGCCAUCAAGACAAUUAGAUAUUGCAUGUCUCGCUUAUAGAGAUGGACGGUUUAAAUUCUCUCAUUCAGUGGAUACUGAUAAGUUCUUUUUUUAAACUGUGCUAAGGUUAUUUUCCGGCAAUAAACUAUAUAUCUGAUCUUUUUUUCUGAUUUUGGAUUAUCAUUCUUAAAAACUGGUUUCAAAAGAACGGAAGUUGUUUGUUACGUAUCGUUAGCCAAACAGUAAACAGGUUUGGCUGCAGAAUGACGUGCAUGCUGGGUGGGCAACGACUUGCGCGUACACGAUCAUAUAUAUAGGUUCUUGAAACGUCAUUUGUAGGACAUUUUAAAGUACUGAACGUAAACUAAGUGCAUACAGUACCGAUGUACAUACAGUGGCUAGAGUAAAAACUAAAGUGUUUGAUUGGUGGUGGUGCCCUACCUUACCAAGAUGAAGUUCGCGGAGCAUCUCUCCGCGCAUAUCACACCGGAAUGGCGCAAACAGUACAUCAAUUACGAGGAAAUGAAAGCAAUGCUGUACACCACCGUCGAGGAAGCCCCCGCGGUGGACAGCGUCGAGGAGGACAUCAUCAAGCGUCACUUUGCCAAUUUCGACGAAAAUUUCUACCACUACUGCGACGAGGAACUGAAAAAGAUCAACACCUUCUACUCGGAGAAGCUUGCGGAAGCUACGCGAAAGUAUGCUGCCCUGUCGGCCCAACUGAAGACCAUGCUCGAGAGUCAGCAGAAAAGCAAAUCCAAGGGGCACACACUGAAGCGCAUUAAUCUUCCGUAUCGGAAAGCGCAAGAAUUGAAGCUUGCCUUUAGCGAGUUCUAUCUCAGUUUGAUUCUGCUGCAAAACUAUCAGAACCUUAAUCACACCGGCUUUCGGAAAAUCCUCAAAAAACACGAUAAACUGCUGCGUUCGGACAAUGGCCACCGCUGGCAGAAGGAGCAAGUUGAGACAAGUCACUUUUUCACCAAUAAGGACAUUGAUAAGUUGAUCAACGACACGGAGACCACGGUUACGACGCAACUGGAAGGGGGCGAUCGUCAGAAGGCUAUGAAACGUCUGCGGGUUCCCCCUUUGGGGGAACAACAGAGCCCAUGGACCACGUUCAAAGUAGGUCUGUUUAGUGGGAGUUUCGUUGUCCUGUUCAUAGCUGUGAUACUGUCGGCCAUAUUUCACGAGAGUUCUGGGGAGAACCUAAAGAUUGCCUUCCGUUUGUACCGAGGACCGUUACUGUUGAUCGAGUUCGUGUUCCUGAUGGGGGUCAAUAUCUACGGGUGGCGAUCGUCCGGUGUGAAUCAUGUGCUGAUCUUCGAAUUGGAUCCUAGAAAUCAUCUUUCCGAGCAGCAUCUGAUGGAGCUGGCAGCCGUUUUAGGCGUUGUGUGGACUUUGAGUUUACUGAGCUUCCUGUACAGUGCCAGCUUAAGCAUACCGCCGUACGUUAAUCCGCUGGCUCUGACGAUCGUGAUGAUCGCAUUUCUGAUCAAUCCGUUCAGGGUGUUUCGAUACGAGGCUCGCUUUUGGCUGUUGAAGAUCAUCGGUCGCAUGAUCGCGGCUCCGUUUUUCCACGUCGGCUUCGCCGAUUUUUGGCUUGCCGAUCAGCUGAACAGUCUGGUGACGGCGCUGUUGGAUUUUCAGUUCCUCAGCUGUUUCUAUGUGACCAACGGAAACUGGCUGGAGGCGGGAAACACUCGCCAGUGCAUGGAGGAAAGUUUCAUAAUACGGCCAAUUGUGAACUGCUUGCCGGCAUGGUUCCGAUUCGCACAGUGCCUUAGACGUUACCGGGACUCGAAGGAGGCCUUUCCGCAUUUGGUAAAUGCGGGAAAAUAUUCGACCACGUUUUGUGUGGUUAUUUUUGCCACUCUCAGAAGUUUAAAUGCUUCAAAAUACGAAGACGCCUACGAUAAUCCGUACUUGUGGCUGUGGAUGUUAAGUUCGGUUAUAUCUUCCUGCUACGCGUACACGUGGGACAUCAAAAUGGAUUGGGGUUUGUUCGAUAAAAAUGCUGGUGAAAACACUUUUCUUCGAGAGGAAAUUGUCUAUUCGACUCCUUUCUUCUACUACUUCGCGAUUGUCGAGGAUUUGGUGUUACGGUUCGCGUGGGGUGUCGCGUUCGCUCUUACCGAAAACAAUAUAGUUUCCGGAGACCUGAUGACCUCCGUUCUGGCACCGUUGGAGGUAUUUCGACGCUUUGUGUGGAACUUUUUCCGUCUGGAGAACGAACAUCUGAACAAUUGCGGCAAGUUCAGAGCGGUAAGAGAUAUAUCGAUCGCGCCGAUCGAUUCGAACGAUCAGAUCAUUAUUCUGAAAAUGAUGGACGACGAGGAUGGCGUAACCAAUAGAGACACAAAACACAGCCGAGCAAAGCAUAAAAAGACCAAAGAAGAAAAGAAGCCCCUCUUGCCUGCUUUUAAAGGUUCCCUGCAGGAUCUCAGCAUAGACAUCAGCAGCUCGAAGAAGCUGUAAAUCGAAUCUGCUCAAUAAUCGAUGUUUUUACUUUUAUUUUAAUAAGACAAGAAACCAACAACAACCUUAUUAGAGUUUGACCAGACGAAGGAGUAGGUACUUAUGUUAGAAUAUUUGAGUUUCGAACAAACCGGACGGUCGUAAACAAUAGUGAGUCAACGAAACAGAGGAACCUCACAGUAUACGAACAACAGAAAAUAACUGAAAAAAAAACCGAUGACUUAAGCCACUACUGUUUGCGAUCAUUCAACUAUCAAGUAGUAUGUUUCCCCUUUUAAAACGUUGGUUUACAAAUAGCUUAGAUAGCCAAUUCCCACAUUCCUUCUAGGUUAUGUAACGUGUUUUUAGAAAAAGAUUAAGCGAAAACGUAACGAAUUUUUUUUUUCUGUAAAAAAGUACAGUAGCUUUUAGAACCAGUUAAAACUCUUGAAAUGCCUGAUAACAAAACAACGUGUACUUCCAUUUUUACCGAUUACAACAGCGCUGCGAUAAGGAUAGCAAUUUAGGAUAGUGUUUUCAAUGCGAAAUUUUCUAUUGUACAGCUAGAAUAACAAAAAAAAACUAAAGCAGGAUGUCGAUUUUUUUUUAUAGUUUUAUAUUGGUUCGGCAGUAUUAUGGCACCUUUUACCGAAAUGUUUGUGCUUAUUGUUGAUUCCCCACACAUCCAUCUAUAAUUUUAGUUUCAUCAUCUUAGUUUCGUUAACUGUAUGUCGAGUGUUUAUGUAGUAGGAAAUGCAUGAAUUUGCAAACGAAGCAAUAAAGAUAUAUUUUUACCAUUAUUGUUGAGAUUAACUAUCUUGUUUUUAUUAGCAGGCAAGCAAAAAUGAUUUGUAUUUACAACAUAAAACUAGAUAGAGCAAGUUUGUGAUGUCAUUCCAAGAGCAAUAAAUUUCUUAGAAUAUACGAGAGAUGUUCUCUUUUU